CUCCGGUCAGGUUGGCUGCUGCUGCUGGUUUUUAACACAAUUCAAAGUCAAGUGUAGUUUUAAGGAGUCACAUCUCCGGAGAGCAGAGCCGCUCACUGCUCACUCCUGCACCCGAACACCAGCUGUGUUUGUCGGAUACAAAGUGCUCACAGGAGCCGGUAAGCACCGACCGGGACCGGAGAUAUAAGCGGGUUUUUGUGCCAUGUUUUUCUAACGGAUAAUUUGAUGAAGCCCACACCUGCAGCUGACUGUCCACUGUGAAGCAGGAUGAACGGAUAUGAAACUCCAGCUCUCGCCUCCGGCAUCUUUGGCUCCUACAGCUCACAGAUCAACGGCCAUGGCUCUCAGUCUCCGGAGCCUCCUAAAAAUAAAGCCAAGAAGUCCAGUGCCAAAGCUCUCUACGAACAAAGAAAACACUUCACUAAAACCAGCAUCAACAGUCUGACAGACACGUCGCAGUAUCAUGUGGAGCACCUGACCACAUUCGUGUUGGACCGUAAAGACGGGAUGAUCACAGUGGAUGAUGGCGUCCGUCGUCUUCGUCUGCUGGAUGCUAAAGGAAAAGUUUGGACUCAGGAGAUGUUGCUGCAGGUGGAGGAGAAAACUGUCAGCCUCAUCGACCAGGAGACGAAGAACGAGUUGGAGAACUUCCCCAUCGCCACAAUCCAGCACUGUCAGGCUGUGAUGAACGCCUGCAGCUACGACUCCAUCUUGGCUCUGGUUUGUAAAGACUCAGGUCAGACCAAACCUGACCUCCACCUGUUCCAGUGUGACGACAUCAAGGCGAAUCUGAUCCAAGCAGACAUAGAAAGUGCCAUGAUCGAUGCCAAAGGAGGCAAAGUGAAGAAGAGACCAGAGACGCUCAAGAUGAUCCUGAAGAGUGACGGGAUCAUCCCCCCUCCCCCUGCUGCUCCUGCCCCCGAACCACCGGCACCAUCCAAUCAGGUGGACGUGAAGAGUCGAGCAGCCGCAUGGUCAGCCUGGACCAAUGAGCAGCAAGACUAUGAGAAGCAGCGGCAGAUAUCAGAAGAGGCCGGACCUGUGGAGAUGACUGCAGCCAGAGUGGACCGAGACGUGCAAAUCCUGAACCACAUCCUGGAUGACAUUGAGUUCUUCGUCACCAAACUUCAGAAGGCUGCCGAGGCGUUUAACGAGCUCUCCAAAAGGAAGAAGGUCAAGAAAGGGAAGAAGAAAGGUCCAGGAGAGGGCGUCCUGACUCUGCGCUCUAAACCUCCCGGUGAGGACGAGUUUGUCGACUGUCUGCAGAAGUUCAAACACGCCUUCAACCAGCUGGGGAAACUCAAGGAUCACAUCCAGAACCCGAGCGCAGUCGACCUGCUUCACUUCCUCUUCUCUCCUCUCAGGAUGGUGAUCCAGGCGUCGGGCAGCGUGGAUCUGGCCCGCAGCGUCGUGGUUCCUCUUCUGACCAGAGAGGCCAUCGACUUCCUGCACGCCUCAGGAACAGCCGAGGAGAGACACGUCUGGGUCGCCCUGGGAGACGGCUGGACCAAAUGCAGGUUGGAGUGGCCGAAGGAUCAUUACUUCCCCCCGUGUGUGCUGACGUUUCGGGACGGCUGGGAGCCUCCAGUGUUGCCAGUGCACCCAGCUGUGACUCCGUCCAGAGAGCAGGAGCUGACGCAGCUGGCCGAGAGUCUCGCCAACGCAGAGAUCCAGAGACAAGAGGAGCUGAGGAGCAGACUGGAGCAGUCGGCGGUGCAGAAGUUCCCUCCUGCAGACGGGUACGCCUUCGCAAACACCUCCUACAAACGCAUGCAGAUCCUGGAUCAGGAAUCGGCCAUGGCUGCUUUUAAACAGGCCGUCAGCCGCCGCGUAGACCGGAGUUUUGAUGCCGACAGCAGAGUCCAACCAAAACUGUUUGCCAAAUCUAAAUAUGACUUUGUGGCAAGAAACAACACGGAGCUGUCCGUCCUCAAAGACGAAGUCGUCGAGGUUAUUGACGACAGGAAGCAGUGGUGGAAGGUUCGUAACGGCUGCGGGGCGUCCGGCUAUGUGCCAAACAACAUCCUGGAGAUCACCAAAGCUGUGGACAUUACCGGCAGAGGAGAGCCCAUCUACAGCCACACCAUACAGAAGCAGACUACCAGGACAGACUACAUCCCCAGUAAACCAGUAGCGACUCCAAUGCCUCCUGCUCCAACACCGCCCCCUCCGGCCCCCGUCAGGCUUCCCACGCCGCCACUGCCUCCUCCAGCUGCCGAGCCCCCCAAGCCGGCUGCCAGCGGCAGUGCGGUCAGUCGUCAGAACAGCACCACGUCCAGUGACAACGGCAGCGUUGUCACGAGGGACCACAACAACCAGAGGCCUGCAUCCGUCAACCGCAGGAAAUCCAACAUGGAGGAAGUUCAGGAUGAGCUGAUGCACAGAUUGACUUUAGGUCGCAGUGCUCAGAAGAAGUUUCAGGUUCCGUCUCGCAGCGGCAGCCUGCCGUCCAACAGCAUCACCUACGACUCGUCACCUGAUGAUGUCAAGGCCUGGUUAGAGGCCAAAGGCUUCAGCCCAGUCACCAUCACCAGCCUCGGCGUGCUGACCGGCGCUCAGCUGUUCUCGCUCAACAAGGAGGAGCUGAAGACGGUUUGUCCCGACGACGGAGCUCGAGUCUUCAGCCAGGUCACCGUCCAGAAGGCCGCGCUGGAGAAGAGUUCAGGCUCUGAGCUCCAGGAGAUCAUGAGGAGGCGGCAGGAGAAACUGGCAGCCAGCACCUGUGAUUCAGGGGUGGAGUCUUUUGACGAAGGCAGCACCCACUGAGCUCCACACACACAGCUUCCUCCCUUCCUCCCUCCUGCUUUACUUCCCUCUUUAUUUUUUUUUCUUUUCAAACUGCAGCCUGCUGUUUUCUCGCACUCUUGAUCCUCAGGCGGCGGCCGACCAUGCCGAGUUUUUGGAGAUCAUGCGGCGCAGGCAGGAGCUCCUCAGCUCGUCUCCAUAGAAAGAAAUAUUAAAAACAAAACAAAAAAAACAACCAACCAGCCGACUGACUUUUGGACCGUCUGAUAUUCAAACCGAGAGAAUUCUGCCAUGUUUGCCUGACGUACACGUGAACACUUGUGGGACUCUGGAGGAGUUUUUGUUGGUGUUUGUAAAAAGUGAAGAAAAGCUGCUCAGUAGCUCAGUUUCCAAAGCAAAGCCUCUCAGUAUUAAUGAACGGCUGGUAGUUUGUUAGCUUCAGUUUGUGCCUCUCAGGUGGAGCUGCAACGAUUCGUCAAUUAAUCCAUCUACAGAAAAUAAAUCUGCAGCUAUUUUGGUAAUCUUUUGAUAAUUUUUCAAGCAGAAAUGACUAAACUUGACAUUUCCAUUCUCUCAAAUGUGAAGAGUUGUUGCUCCUCUCGGUCUUACUUUGUAGUAAAUUUAAUAUUUUUGGGUUUGGGAAUGUUGGUUGGACACAGACAGACAUUUGAGGAAGCCACUUUAGGCUGUAGGAUAUUAAAACAGGCUUUUCCAAUGUUUGUAGCCCAAACGAUUAAUUGAGAAAAUAAUCUAUGGAUUAAUUGUAACAAAUAUAAUCGUUCAUUUCGCAUGUGUCGUCACAUUUGAGUCACAGAGAUAAACAUUUGUUUCUGAAAGACUAAACCCCGACAACACUUACCGCUACGUAUUUCUAACGUGGAUGUAAAACAUUUAGUCCAUUGUACAAUAACUAACCUGAGGCCUGGUCCGCACAAACACAGGUGUUUUUUUAAAGCUUUUCUCUGUGUUAUGGUCUUUUCGUCCACACAAAUGGAAUUUUAUGUCACUGAAAACAGAGCUUUUGUACAGACACAAAGUGAUUUUGCCAAGUAGGAUAUGUUCCUGGACGAACAUCCUCUUGCUUCUUUAAAAAUCCGUUUGUGCUUCGUCUGAGCUAGUUUUCCAAAUUGAAGUUUAUACAAUUGAACAAAAUCUGUGUGAGCUGCUGCAGGGUUAGCGAGCUAGCUUGCUAACUAGGUAGGAAAAUGUGUUAAUAGCAGGUAUUUGCAACUGAAAAUAAUAUCAUCCAUAAUAUUUGCUAGUUAAUAAUUGAGUCUAUUGGCAAGCUUUCGUGUUAGCAAACCUACUUAGCAAGCUCGCUAAAAUUGUAGCCUAUUGGCGAGUUUACCAGGAACUCAGGGGGAGCUCUUCUGUAUGGAGUUUGCAUGUUCUCCCUGUGACCGUGUGGGUCCAAAGAGAUGCAGGUUAAUUGAUGAAUCUAAAUUGUCCAUAGGUGUGAAUGUGAGUGUGAAUGGUUGUCACAGAUGUUUCAAGACUUCGGGGUUGCUGAUUAGACUCUUUGAGGACUUGAAAAUACCUUCAAAUAUUAGGAGAGUGUUAUUAAUCAACAAUCUGGAUUAUGUCACAGAUGGUCACAGAUUUGUCUUUCAGAAAAGCAGAUGUUUAACUCAACGACUCGAAUGUACUGACGAUAAACGAGAGGCACAAACUGAUGUUCGUAGUCCAUAUAACUGACGGGUUGAUGGUUUGUACAGAAAUACAUUUAAGUGAAUGUUGGUUUGAAUAUAUUGUUCUAGUGAACACAUAAAUAGACUGAUUAAUAUUUACUGUACAGUUCAGAUUUUUUUUGGCCAAGAACAUCAUGAUAGUCAUAGUAUAUAUAUUUUUUUUUAUUUUGUGAUUAUAUCAAAGGUUUAAAUGAAUUAAUAUAAUUGAUGAUAGCUCUGAUUGACUGAGAAACAAAAGACGUGAAAAUCCUUUCUCUUGAAAUGCACAAUAACUUUAUUAUAAUGUCUGAUUUAAGGACAUCACGUGAUUUAGAGUUAGAGACAUUAUUACACACAGAUCUCUUGAGAUGUUAUUAGAUUUGGCGAUCAGCCUUUUUGCACAAUAAAUAAUGAAAAUGUUUCUGAGCUGAAGGCGAGUGAAGAAUCAAACCUGUAAGAUGAUUUUUUCUUUUUUUUUUAAACUGCUGUAAAAAUCUGUUUCUGCUGACGUUUGUGUUAAAAGUUCAAAUGUCGUCCAAAGCGAAUGUAGUCUGACUCAGCGAUCCUCCCAUUGUAAACCUGAUGAAUGUUUUCUUCAGGCUCCGCCCACCGCCACAGGGAGCCUCGUGUGUUUAGAAACAAACGGUCCCGUCAGUCAUCUGACAUCAUCAUAUUUUGACCAACAUACUGUUAAUGUAAACAGGAAGUGCUUGUCAUGCAGAGUGACAGCAGCGAACAGACUGUAGCCUCCAGCUGACGAUGCUAACGAUGACCUGAAGAAACUCUACGACUGAUCUACGACUAAUCUUUAAUUAUACGCAGCUGUUUUGUGAACAGAAUGAAGACUUUAUAGAUUAUAUAAAACUAAAGCACAGUACUGAUUUAAACUGAUUGUUCUCAUCAUGACUCUGUUGUCGUUCAUGCUUGUUUUAUUCAGUCAUCUCAGGUCAGCUGAGGCUGCGUCAGCAAAUACCGUCACUGACGCUGACUGACGGGACACUAUAAACAUUUGUUCGGUGGGAGUUGUGUUUUCUUCUAUACUGUAAAUUCUCAAAUAGUUCAAGUGUCAGAGAGGCGGGUCUUUGUUCCUAAUGUCCACUGUUACCCAGGUGAUACAGACUCAACACUUCCUACAUGUUUGUUUUCAGGGUAAAUUCAGUUUAAUGAAUAUUUCCACAGUGCUAAUUCAUGUGUACAUCAACAGUCAUGUCACCACUCAACACUGUUUUCACUCACUAAUCAUUUCCAAUGUCGAUCACUGUGAAGCUGCUGUCAGUCAAAGUUAACUCGUGAAACACCCAUAAACCUUUUCUGUCCCAAAAUGUAUCUCAGAGCAUCUGAUAGCGAUAAGAAAAAUAUUCUGAAACCAAGUUCAAACUCAUGCCAAGACUGUCCCUAAUUUAUAAUCUGUGUGAAACUCACUAUGACUGUAACGAAUGUAACUGAUAAAGGAUCCUUUAUACUUAUGAUGAGACUGACAAAUAAACUGUAUUUAAUAUCAGUGACAUCAUAGUUGAUACCAAUCAGACACACUUAAAAAUUAAAAAGAAAGGGGAAAAAAAGGAAAAUUAAAACAGAAAAGCCACUUUGCUAACUAUAAAAAUGAAGCUUAUUAUAGUUAACUGAAACUAUGUGGGAAAACCCUUUUUAAAGUAACUGAAUUCAAAAUAAAAAAUAUUUUUUGUUUUUUUUCUAAGGUCUAACUGAAACAAUAUUGUGUACGUAUAAAUUUAAAAAAAUGAAAUUAUACAGGAAACGUCUUUUAGUCAAGUUUGUCAACGCAACAAACACAAGGAGGCAUUAGUGGGUAUGUGUGUAUUGAGACAGGGACGUCUAUGUGACUGAGUCAGUUGCCUUCACAAGGUGCUGUUUGUAUUGUAAUAAGUAUUCUGAACUUCAAAAUUAUUUUCUGUGACAAAUACCCCCCUUAUUAUAAUAAAGGAAAUUAAAUUACUACUGAAAUCAUUAAAAACUGAAUUAAAAUUGAAUUUUUUUUAACAAAAACUGAACUGAAACGAUCACUGAAUAGAAAAAUAAUUAAAAAAAUAAAUAAUGAAAAAUACAAUACCGCAUAAACUCUGAUUAAAGAUUAAAAAACAAAAAAAACAAAAACACAAAAAAGCUAUUUUUUUAACAAUAAAAACUAAACUGAAAUCAGCAAACACUCUGGAAACUAACUGAAACUAAAACGAACAGAAAAAAAUAAAAUAAUUUUAUUUAUAAAAAACUAAUGAAAAGUACAAAACUAAUAAAUUCUGAUUUAGAAAAAAUUAAUGCUAUAUAAUGAUAAAACGGUGUUCACUUGAGAUUCACUUUUCUGAAACCACAAGAUAAUUAGCUCAGAAUAAUUAGACAAAUCAACUUUUUUUCCCCCAGUUAACACGAUUAUUAUCUUGGAAAUUAAAUGAAAGAUUUAAAAGAAAAACAUUUUCUCGUUUUACUGAAUUAACAAGGUAGUUAACUUAUCAAUUUUCAUUUGCAGUUUAUUUCCAUUAAAACUUCAAUCAGAAUUCUGACAUAAUUAUCUCAUUAAUUCAGAAAAGCUGAGUAGAAUUUUUACUCUUAAGUGAAUGUAUUAUCCUUCUGUAUGCAGCAGUGUGAGUUAUUACGAUACUCGAGAUACACUGAAUGUGCGUGGUAUUAAUGGUGAAGUGAAGUGUGCAGGUCAAGUGUUUGGUUUGUGGCAGCAGCAAAAAUAAGUGUCAAAGUGGAGAAAUUAACAAAUGAAACAGCAGCAGAGUGGUCAGUAUGACAUGACUCUAUGUUCUGUACACUGCAUUAAAUUUACCAUACAAGUCAUUGUAGUAGAAGUGACUCCACCCUUUGUAGUUAAAUGUUUCCUUGAGUUUAUUCACCUGACCGUUACCUGUUCAUGCAGGUCAUGAACUUCCUCUGUCACUGUUCAAUCACCUGCUGCUAUUUGAGAAUUCACAGUAAACUCUGCUUCUGUAAAUAAAGUCUCAGCAAACAAAAAGCUGUUUCGACAAAAAAUAUCAGUAAGCAAAAAAAAAUCAUCAUUUCUACACAAACUAAGGAGACGACUGUUUCUGAUCCGUUUCUGCUGAGUAGCCUGAAGCAGCAGAUCAUCCUCUAGCUGGAGAAAUGUUAUUUAAACAUGUGUAUGCUUUCAUACGAGAUGUACAAGAAUCAGCCAGUACAUUCUGAACUCACUGUGGCAUCGAUUGAUUGUAUCCAUUUUGUUUUCCACUUAUGCACUUAAUUUUCUCGGGCCGUCCUCGUGGUCGAGUGUAAAGGAUGUAAACGGUGGAAUAACUGAAUGGGAGAGGUGGUUUGUCUGAACUGUAGCACAACACUGUAAUUACACUAACGAUGAUUAAAGCUGAGUAGAUGUUAACGAGAGCAGAGUAAAGUGUAUUUAGUGAACUGUCCUCGUACCCAAACAGUUCUAGAGGCCAAUGAGACAGAAAUGUUAUUUGUAAGUGUAUAGUUUUCAUGGUGCCUUUUCCAUAUAAAUCUGCUCAUUCUGCAAUAAAACAUUUAUAAAACUC